GGAAAAUAUCAUUUCGACCAUAUAAAGAAAAGGGGGCUCAUCGCUUUUUUUUUUGGAGUAAUGAGAAAAAACGAUGGAUUCGAUCAACAAGAUGAUGAACUUAAUCUUCCCUCCUAUUGCAUUGUACGGACUCUUCGCGUUCCACCCCACGUACCAGAGAUUGAAGUCAUUCGUCUCUGUUUUCCGUAACAUUUUCGCCGAAGAUGUCGCCGGAAAAGUUGUCCUCAUCACCGGAGCAGCUUCCGGCAUCGGCGAGUGCAUAGCUUACGAGUACGCAAAGAGAGGAGCGUGUUUAGCACUUGUGGACAUAAGAGGAGACCCUCUCUUCGAAGUGGCGGCUCUCUCCGAAGCUUACUACUCCUCGCCGGAAGUCAUCCCCAUCGUCGGCGACGUCUCCGACGUCCAAGACUGCGAGCGUUUUAUCCGAGCAACCGUCCGCCACUUCGGAACACUGGAUCAUCUCGUGACGAAUGCGGGGAUUGCUCCGCUCUAUCUCUUCGAAGACAUCGACGAUCUCUCCAAGGCUGCGCCUUCAAUGGACGUAAACUUCUGGGGAUCGGCUUACUGCACGUUCUUCGCCCGCCCGUACCUAAAGAAGAGCAGAGGGAAGAUCGUAGCCAUCGCCUCUGGAUGCGCUUACAUUCCUUCGCCCAAAUUGAGCUUCUAUUGUGCGAGUAAAGCAGCGAUGAUAAGCUUUUACGAAACGCUAAGGGCGGAGUUUGGGUCGGAGGUCGGGAUAACAAUAGUGGUACCGGGGAUAAUAGACUCGGAACUGAGCCGAGGGAAGUUCAUGACAAAGGAUGGGGAACUCAAAGUGGAUAAAGAACUAAGAGAUGUUCAUGUCAAUGUGUUACCGGUGGAAUCCGCCGAGAAAUGCGGAAAGGCGAUAGUAAGGAGCGUAUGCAGAGGGGAUAAGUACUUGGUCGAGCCAUCGUGGAUCGAUUCAGUGAUGCUGUGGAGGGUGUUUGCCCCAGAGGUAACCGAGUGGCUCAGCCGUUGGUGGGCCGACCUUGCCAAGGCUAAGCCACCACCAAGAUCGAAGGUUCUCAACCUCAGGAGAUCGGCCGGGAGAUACGAUAUCGUAAGACCUCGAUCUACUGCUAGAUCGGCAAUGGUGUGAACGAGUUGUAAUUCACUUGCUUUUUUUCUUUACCUAUGUUUCGCUUAAUC